CUACCUAUCCUGUCCUUUCCCCUGCUGCCGAACGGGAGCCAAAAAAAAGGGAUCGCUCCUGGCUUGCUGCUCAUGCGCGCCGCUCCCUCCCGGCCACGCCUGCCGCUCCCUCCCGGCCACGCCUGCCGCUCCCUGCGCGCUAGUCCUGCUGCUCCCCCUGCGCGCCGUUCCUGCUGCUCCCCUCGCUGCUGCUCCCCCCUCUGGUGCUGCCCCGCCCUAGUCCAGGCGCACGGCCGCGCCUUCGCCAGCUCUUGGGCGGCGGCCUGCCACCGCGGCGGCGCCCGCUCGUGGCAGGGCCGGGGCGCCUGCUCGUAGCCGGAGAUGGAGGAACCUCCUCCACGGUUCUUCAGCGAUAUUUUCUCAGGGAACCACGCCGAUCUGUCAUGGAUUCUCGACGGAUAAGAUUCUUGCCAUUUUUCCCUAAGUGUCCUAGACCUAAUUUUGCCAACGUGAAAUGGCCCUGCGGUCUUCUAUUCUGGCCGUCGCCCGCCGCCUCAACACCGCAGCCGUCGUGGCGGCCAUCCGUAGCGGGGACCUCGCCGGCGCCGAGGUGGCCUUUGCAUCGACGCGGGUCAAGACCACGGCCACCUACAACUGCCUCCUCGCGGGGUAUGCUAGGGCAACUGGCCCUGGCCGCCUCGCGGACGCGCGCCACCUGUUCGACCGAAUACCGCAACCGGACGCUGUGUCCUACAACACGCUCCUAUCCUGCCACUUCGCCAACGGCGACGUAGACGGCGCGCGGAGGCUCUUCUCCGAGAUGCCGAUGCGGGACGUCACGUCCUGGAACACCAUGGUGUCCGGGCUGUCCAAGAACGGUGCCCUAGAGGAGGCCAAAGCCGUGUUCCAGGGCAUGCCGGUGAGGAAUGCUGUUUCCUGGAAUGCAAUGGUUGCCGGAUUUGUGUGUUUUGGGGACAUGGCUGCGGCGGAGGAGUGGUUCAGGAAUGCGCCGGUGAAGGAGAAUGCUGUUCUCUGGACCGCCAUGGUGUCCGGGUACAUGGAUGAAGGCAAUGUGCAGAAGGCCAUGGAGUUCUUUGAGGCAAUGCCAGUGAGGAACUUGGUUUCAUGGAACGCCAUAGUCUCUGGAUAUGUGAAGAAUUCACGUGCCAGUGAUGCUUUGAGGGUGUUCAAGACCAUGGUUGACAAUGACACUGUGCAGCCAAACGCUUCAACGAUAAGUAGUGUGCUUCUUGGGUGUAGUAACCUGUCAGCAGUUGAAUUUGGGAGGCAGAUUCACCAGUGGUGCAUGAAGUUGCCACUAAGUAAGAGUGCAACUGUGAGCACGUCGCUUGUCAGCAUGUACUGCAAAUGUGGCAACUUGGACGACGCUUGCAAGCUGUUUGAUGAUAUGCACAGAAGGGAUGUAGUUGCAUGGAAUGCCAUGAUUUCUGGCUAUGCGCGGCAUGGGCAUGAAGGGAAAGCUAUGAAAUUGUUUGGAAAAAUGAAGGAUGAAGGAGUGCGGCCAGACUGGAUUACUUUUGUGGCUGUAUUGACAGCUUGUAUCCACACCGGAUUGUGUGAUUUUGGGAUGCGGUGCUUUGAAACAAUGCAGAAAGUAUAUGGAAUUGAACCCCGGGUUGAUCAUUACUCCUGUAUGGUGGAUCUUCUCUGCCGAGCUGGUCUCCUUGAGAGAGCUGUCAACAUGAUCCGCUCAAUGCCCUUUGAACCACAUCUUUCUGCCUAUGGCACCCUAUUGACAGCUUGUAGAAUUUAUAAGAAUUUAGAAUUUGCCGAGUUUGCUGCUGGAAAGCUGAUUGAACAGGAUCCGCAGAAUGCAGGCGCCUAUGUACAAUUGGCAAAUAUUUAUGCUAUAACAAAUAGGUGGGCUGAUGUCUCGAGAGUAAGGAGAUGGAUGAAAGAUAAUGCAGUUGUAAAAACACCUGGGUAUAGCUGGAUAGAGAUAAAGGGUGUGAGGCAUGAGUUCAGAUCGAAUGACAGAUUGCAUCCUCAGCUUGAUUUGAUUCAUGACAAGUUGGACCGGUUAGAGGAGCUGAUGAAAGCGAUGGGCUACACUCCGGAUCUUGAUUUCGCACUGCAUGAUGUUGAGGAGAGACUGAAGGCACAAAUGCUGAUGAGGCACAGCGAGAAGCUCGCUAUUGCUUUUGGCCUGAUUAGCAGUCCCCCUGGGAUGAGCUUGAGGAUCUUCAAGAACCUCAGGGUCUGUGGAGAUUGUCAUAAUGCAGCGAAGUUUAUCUCCAAAAUCGAGGAUCGAGAAAUUAUCCUUAGGGAUACUACACGUUUCCAUCAUUUUAGAGGCGGUAGCUGCUCUUGUGGAGAUUAUUGGUGAAACAAGUGUAACUAUCGUGGCCACCAUUUUCAAUAACAAUGUAAGACAUACACUGGUGUGUGGUGUCACCCUAGGGCUUGCGACAAUAUCUGGUCCUUUGAACAAGAAAAAAAUAUGGAGCAUCAGCGGUCAGCAUGUGAGGUAUGAGCAGUUCAUCCUGGUGUUUUUCUUGGUGCUUUUCCUUUGGGAGGAAAACUGUGCCGCCCAGGCCGUGAGAUUCAUCAGAUCUUUAUCACUGACUGGUGGAGCAUGUUGAAAGAUUAGGGAUAAGAUAUACUGAAAGCCUGAAAGGUUGAGUGCAUUAGAUAUACAUCUCGGUACUACACAGCGGAUUGCCCAGUCCCAGCACUAUCCACGGAUUGCAAUUGUGGAUCCCCACAUUUGGUUUGUAGCCUGUGUUGUCACCUGCUGAUAUUGAACAGAUAUUUGAUGAGCUGUCUUCUCCGGGUUGCCUUCAACAAGUUGCUGCAAGAUGUGGUCGAUUAAUCAGUCAUGAACUGAAAAGAUGCUAACAAAGAGUUGACAUCAGCAACGCACUGUGGAAAUGUGUAAAAUGGCAAUGGAAAUAUUGGGAGCUAUUGUGCUCAAAGGCAACAAUGCUGAACCAUCCGACAGAUGCAACAGCAGUUGAACUUGCAGUAAUACAGAGGCCCUCCAUCUUAGCGCUGGUACUUGGGAUUGGCCAGAUACACAGCUGCUAGUUCAUACCCUGAACAGAAAGGGGCUUCACAUGUGAGUCCAUCCCAGCUGCUAGUUCAUACCCUGAAUAGAAAGGGGCUUCACAUGUGAGUCCAUCUCGAUAGUCCUGCUUCAAGAAACCAAGAGCGUGAUGAUAUACGAUUUUUCCUAAUGCAUGUUCUAGGUGGUUACUAUCCGAGCUGUUCAUCCGGGCGUGGUCUCAUUCACUGCUCCCCGCAGCUCCCAUUGUUUAUUUUUUCCGAUUCUCAUGCCAAAUGAAUACGGUAUCUAUACAUCAUACAUACAUACAUUGGGUCCGCUUUCUUUCUCCCAUCUAUUCUCUCGUCCCUCCCGCCCGUGGCUUUCUCCUUCCUCUAUUCCUCUCUCUUGCCGGACUCCAUGGCUUAGCUUUCUUUGAACUCCGACUGAAGCUUACCUCAGAUCCACGAAUCUAGCUGGAGAUGCUUGCUAUAAUGGCGGUCGACUAAGGAGAAGGAAGAACAAUUUCAAGCGAUGUUUUGAUACUUCUGCAGUUUGGACGAAGGCGGAUCGAACGUUCUUGUUUUUUUUUUUUUUGCAUUUGGCCCUUCUGUCUGCACCAAUGGAGGCUCGUAGUACUGCGCAUCCUUAUCCUGAACCAACAUCCGACCAGAAGGCAAAAAUAUUAUUGUUCUACUGAAUCAUGCCUUAGCUGUAAUGUGGCUCUCAUUUUUUUUUUGGGGGGAAAAAGUCUUGGAUCUGAAGCACAUGGCGCAUUCCCCCCACCAGAUUUCGAUUCAGUCUCAGCAGUUGAUGUUUGAACCUAAAGAGUGUUAUAAUUCAAGACUUUGGUCGAUACAAGUUUUGUUAUUCAAGAUUUCUCUUUUUAUCCCUAAAUCAAAUGAAAUUUCCAAGCAGGCUGUUUUGGCUCUUUCCAGCAGUUACUUAACUCAUUUACACCAAGAACAAACAGUGGCAAAUCUGGACUAUUAGAAAGGGAUUAGUGCAGGAAGAGUUAACUAAGGUCCUGGACAAUUGUUUUGGUAUUGAUGAACGGUCCGUUGGUUUUUUACCUACUUAUGAAACUGUUGAGCAAGAGAAAGCACAGCAAGCUCAUCAUUAUGCAGGAAUUGACGAGUCAGGAUAUUUUAGUUCCAUCUCAUCUCUGUAUGAGGUUCCUUCUGACGAUGAAAAUUACAAUGACUACAAUGAGAACUUCAAUGAGUUUGGGUCAGUUUGCAUCUCAUCAGCUUUGUUUUUGUUCUUCACUUCUUUUAUCUUGUAUAGUAAUCAAUUACCAAAUUGUGACUUUAGCAACAGUGGCCAGCCAAAUCGUUUUAUGUACACUGAAUGUGGAACAACAAGUAGCAUGCCAAAUAAAGAAAGAAACGAUUCAACUCAGGACACAGCCACUGUGGUUGCCAGAGUCAGAAGAUGGUAAAGAUCAACAAAACAGUAGUAAUAAUGAAACAACUCGAGCUGGUGUAGCUUGAAACAACUCAAGCUGAUGUAGCUAAUCAAUGCUGCUUUGAGUCUGAUAGAAAUGUUCCAACGGAAGGAGAAACUGAGAAUUGUGAAUGCAUGAAUGGCAAUUCAUUCUUUCAUGUUAUGACAAGACUAAAUGAAGGAGAUACUGAAUCUACCCCGUGGAAGAAAAGGAACACAACCAAAAAUGGGCAGUCAAUGUCUGACUGCAGGGUGCCCAAAGGGAUGUGCCCAAUUGAAAUUGCUUUGAGGAAUGCACCAUACCUUUUUAAUAACUUUUGAUUCAGAGAAUGAAGGUUAUGAUUUCUACAACAUGUAAUCUUGGGAAGUUGGUUUUGGUAUUAAAAAGGCUUCAAGAGCGACAAACAAGAAAGGAUUCCAUACGAUGCGUGACUUGAGGUGCCUUUGUUCAGGCACAGAUGAACGGGCUGAGUACAAAACUAAGAAGACGGGCUGCAAGGCUAUGAUAGGCUGCUGAGAUCCAACGAUGAUGGCUGGUAUAUAAGCGCACACAUAGCUGAGCACAACCUGUUGUCAAAAGCAAGAAUGGCUUUCCCAGGGCAAGCUAGAUUAGUGUGCAAAGGAUAUGAUCAAGUAACUCAGGGAGAACAAGAUUUCUCUAAGGUACACUGUAUCAUGGGUAGUAUGUUUGGCUCAAUGAAUAACAUACCAAUCACCAAGAGGUCAAUGCGUGCUCAAAUUGCAAAAGAUCAAAUGGAUGAUGAUAUCCAGAAGAGACUCAAUAUUUUCAGGCAGAUAAGAUCGGAGGACCCUGGUUUUCAGUUCAGCGUUGAGCUUGAUGAUGAGAAGAAGAUCAGAACAUUGAUGUGGAUUAAUGGAAAAAGUAGGGAGCAGUUUCAAUACUUUGGUGAUGUGAUAAGCUUUGACACAACUUAUUGCACCAACAUCUACAAGAUGCCGUUUGGUUUGUUCGUUGGAGUGAACAAUCAUUUCCAAACCACAAUUUUUGGUGGGGUUUUUAUGAAAGAAGAAACGACAAGAAGUUUUGAGUGUUUUUUUUUCUGAAUUCUUGAGUCUGAUGGGAGGGAAGUUACCACAAGCAGUAUUCACAGACCAAUGUGCUGCUACGGCUGCUGCUCUGAAAAAUGUUUGGAAGGGUGUCACUCAUCUGCUUUGCAAGUGGCACAUGUUCAAAGACACUAGUGCACGCCUAGGGCCUAUCUACAGGAAAGCUUCUCCUUUUUUCGUAAGUUGUUCCACAAAAUAAUAAAUGACAUGCUUACAAUUGAUGAAUUUGAACGGGCAUGGAAUUACAUGAUCACUCUUUACAAUUUAUCUGGUAAUGAUUACCUGGAAAACAUCUACAAGAGGGAAAAGUGGGCGAAACCCUUUUUUAAAAACUGUUUCUGCGCAAGAAUGUCAAGUACUUAAAGAAGCGAGAGCACCAACCAUAUGCUAAAGAGAUUUGUUCCAAGGAACUGUUCGAUGAACAGAUUCAUUGUGCAAUUUAACAAGCUUCUCUUUGACUGUAACGAAGCUGAAGACAGCGAUGAGUUCGAUACCACUAUAGUAAGAUCCUUAACACUUAAAUAAUGCCAUUUCCCAAGAUGAUAUUGUGCGGGUAAGUUUGAUUCGGUUAAAUUUACCACCAUUGGUGUACAAACUAUUGCACUACUGAUAGUGAUGCAGCAGUAGAUAGUAGUUCUGAAUUGGAGGCAGGAACUGCAAUUCUUAUGGCGCUUCAGGGUCUUGUGCUGGCAUGACUGAUACACAACAACAACAACAACAACAACAACAACAUAGCAUUUUUUCCCAAGCAAGUUGGGGUAGGCUAGAGAUGAAAUCCGAAAGAAAUAAGUUCAAGGUUCAGACACAUUGAUAGCUAGUCUCCAAGCGCUCCUAUCCAAAGCUAUCUCUUUAGAGAUAUUCCAAUCCUUAAGGUCUCUCUUAACCAACUCAUCCCACAUCAGUUUAGGUCUACCUCUACCCAUCUUUAUAUUAUCGACCCGCUCAAGAACCCCAUUACGCACCGCCUCAGGAGGCCUUCGUUGGACAUGUCCAAACCAUCUCAGCCGAUGCUGAGUAAGUUUCUCCUCAAUUGGUGCCACCCCGACCCUAUCCCGAAUAACUUCGUUCCGCCCGCAAAACCACCGCAACAUCCGCAUCUCUGCUACACUCAGUUGCUGCACAUGUCGCCUUUUUGUAGGCCAACAUUCAGCACCGUAUAACAUCGCCGGACGAAUUGCUGUCCUAUAGAAUUUGCCUUUUAGCUUUUGUGGCACCAUCUUGUCACAAAGGAUGCCAGAAGCUUGCCGCCAUUUCAACUAGCCAGCUGAAAUUCUAUGCCUAACAUCUUCAUCAAUGUCGCCAUCCUUUUGUAGCACCGAUCCUAAAUACCGAAAAGUAUCUUUCUGGACCACCACUUGCCCAUCUAGACUAACGUCUCCCCCCUCAUGCCUAGUCGCGCUGAAAUCGCACAUCAUGUACUCGGUCUUGGUCCUACUAAGUCUGAACCCUUUCGACUCUAACGUGCGUCUCCACAGCUCUAACUUCCUAUUAACCCCUGUCCUAUUCUCGUCAACUAGUACCACAUCAUCAGCAAAGAGCAUACACCAAGGGAUCUCACCUUGUAUAUCCCUUGUUACCUCAUUCAUCACUAAAGCAAAUAAAUAAGGGCUCAAUGCUGACCCCUGGUGUAGACCUAUGUUAAUAGGAAAGUCAGUGGUGUUGCCAUCACAUGUCCGGACAAACAUCGUCGCAUCCUUGUACAUAUCCUUAAUGAGGGUAAUGUACUUAGUUGGGACUUUGUGCUUCUCCAAAGCCCACCACAUGACAUUUCUCGGUAUUUUGUCACAUGCCUUCUCUAGGUCAAUGAAGACCAUGUGCAAGUUCUUCUUCUGCUCCCUAUAUCUCUCCAUCAAUUGUCGUAUUAAGAAAAUCGCCUCCAUGGUUGACCUUCCAGGCAUGAACCCAAAUUUAUUUUGGGUCACACUUGUCACUCUUCUUAGGCGAUGCUCGAUAACCUUCUCCCAAAGCUUCAUCGUAUGGCUCAUCAGUUUAAUCCCACGGUAGUUAGUACAACUUUGAACAUCGCCAUUGUUUUUGAAGAUAGGUACUAAUAUACUUCUCCUCCAUUCUUCCGGCAUGACUGAUACAGAAUUGUUGAAAAUUAAGGCACUGUCGUUCAUCAGACCUGCCGGUAGACGUAGACCUAAGGAAAACCAUUACAACGGGAUCACUGAUUACUAUGCGAAAAACAAUAAGAGAAAACAGCCAAGUCUGUUCAAAAGAAAUAUGAUAGAGAAUGAAGAUCAGUGUGGAAAGAAGAAAAAGAAGAAACAAUCCCGAUGCAGUGAGUGCUUUAUCCUUGGUCAGCCCCGUGCAGGAAGAAGAAUGUGGACUUGAGCACCGAGAUUCCAGAUUUUUAGUCUUUUGGAUGAUUUAGCAGAAUUCGACUUCUUUAUUGUCUUUUGAAACUGUCUUAAUGAACUGGGUUAUAGAUUAACUCUUUCGGUAGCAGCUGUAAACAUUUGAAGCAUCAGUACUUCAAUGGCUACUAGAAAUUUAUAUUGGAAUUUGUGUGUCA